AUGACCGAACGCAAAGUUCUAAAUAAAUACUUCCCUCCAGAUUAUGACCCUUCAAAAAUACCCCGUCUCAGACGAGGUGACAGACGUAAACAAUUUAAUAUUCGGACGAUGGCUCCAUUUAAUAUGAGAUGCAAUACAUGCAACGGAUAUAUAUACAAAGCCAAAAAAUUCAAUUCACGAAUGGAAACUGCAGAAAAUGUAGACUACUUAGGUCUAAGACAUUAUCGAUUUUACAUCCGAUGUCCCAUAUGCUGUGCUGAAAUUAUUUGGCGCACUGAUUUAGAAAGUGGCGAUUACGUUCUAGAAAGUGGAGCAAAAAGGAACUUCGAAGCCUUAAAAACAGCAGAAGAACUGGAAGCUAAACGUCAAGCUGAAGAGGAAGAAGAACUUGCCAACAAUCCAAUGAAAUUACUAGAAAAAAGAACUGACCAAAGCAAACAAGAAAUGGAAAUGGUAGAAGUGAUAGAAGAUUUAAAGCAGUUAAAUCAACGUCAAGCCACCAUGGAAGCAGACCAUGUUCUUUUAAGGCAAAUGUGGCGAGAAGAAGAAGCUAUCAAAGAGGCUGAAAAAGAAGCAGAUGAAGCACUAAUUAAGGAAUUACUUGCUUCAAAAUCUGAACAAGUCCAUUCGUUAACAUCGGAUUCAGGAGGUGGAAGUUGUUCUAAACCGAUCAAAAUACCAGCGAUGAAGGAUUUAAUGAAAGAUACUAAAAAGGAACCAGUUGAAACUGGGAAAUCUUAUCUUAAACGACAACUUCAAGGUGUUUUACUGGUGCAAAAAAAGUCAGUGUCAGAAACUAAAAUUCCAAAGCUUGAUGAUCAUUCUAAAGGGUCAACCAUGAAUAAUAAUAAUAAUAAUAAUAAUAAUAAUAAUAACAUAAAUAUUUCCAAUUCUUCAACAAAUAAUUCAUUAAAAAAUAAUAAUAAUAACAAAUCAGAAGAUAAUAAUAUCAAUCAACAGGUGUCACAUACUGAUGGUGUUGUUAAUAACAAUGAUGAUAGUAUUCAACCACAUCAACUCUUACCUGGGAUGGUUUAUUCAGAUCAUAGUGAUAGUGAUUGAGUGAGGAAAAAAAACAACUGUAAAUAAUUGAUGCAUCUCUUCUCAUCUUGUACAUUGUUUUAAAAAAGCUUUCCUAAAAUGAUAUACAUAUUUUUUA